AUGAGACUUCAUAAAGGAGAGAAGCCUUUCACCUGCCAACAGUGUGGAAUAAGUUUCACUCAAAGAGGAAACUUUAACGUCCACAUGAAAAUUCACACUGGAGGAGACGCUUUCAUCUGCAAUCAUUGUGGGAAGAGCUUCUCCCGAAAAGGAGGUCUUAAGACUCACAUGAGAGUUCACACCGGAGAGAACCCAUUCACAUGUGACCAGUGUGGAAAGAGUAUGAGAUUUAAAGCCACUUAUAAUAAGCACAUGAGGAUUCACUCAAGAGGAAACAGUUUUACAUGUCAUCAGUGUGAAAGGAGUUUCAUAGACAGUGAUCACCUUAAGAAUCAUGUAAUAACUCACAUUGGAGAGAAGCCUUUCAUGUGUCAUCACUGUGGAAAGACUUGUAAAAACAAAGCAAACCUUGACGUUCACAUAAGAAUUCACACGGGAGAGAAGCUUUACAUCUGCCCUCAGUGUGACAAGAGUUUCACAUUUAAAGGAAACCUUAAGAUUCACAUAAGAGUUCACACAGGAGAGAGGCCUUUCACGUGCCCUCAGUGUGGAAGUAGUUUUAUGUAUAAAAGAGACCUGAAACGUCAUAUGCACACUCAUUCUGACAAGAAACUGGAAUGA